CUGGCACUGCUGACUGCUGGUGGUGGUGGUGUAUAGCAGGAAAAAGAAGAAGAAGCGGCGAGAGUAGCAGCUGAAUUUCUUAAACAAACUAUUGAGACUCUUUCAAGAAGGAGACACUAAAAAAUUUAAGGACCCUUUACCCCAUUGAACCCUGAAACUUGAAAAUCGAAACUCAAGCAUUAUACAACGCCUAGGAGGAGAAAAUUUUAGCUCACUCAAGAGGAGAAAAAAUUGCAGUAGUAAUAAAAAUAUCAACCAGCCUCUGCCCAUUGCCUAAAACAAAGCAACGUAGAAAGAAAAGAACCCAGAAAUCAAGUCGAAGAUCGAAGGGCUUCGUUGCCGCCUCCGCCUCUCCCUCUAUCCUUACCACCGCCGCAAAUGAUGGAAAAAGUGGAUGUAUCAAACCUGCGUGCUAGGAAUGCAGAGGUGGUAGGUACUGAUGCUGAAAUGGAUAAGGUCAAGCACAGUGUUGAUAAGCUAUCCAUGGAAGUUGACAACCUUGAUCAAAGAGUGAAUGAAGUUGAGCGGUUUUACUCAAGUAAAAGCGUAAAUCAGCCAAGCACGUCCUGGAGUACCUCUUCAAGGAACAAUAAAGAUAGGGAAAGAUAUGCGCCCAGCUUUAAGAAGCUACAACAGGAUGCGUCACGCAGAGAAGCAGCUGCUGCAAAGAGAAUGCAAGACCUUAUGCGCCAGUUUGGAUCGAUACUACGUCAGAUCACUCAGCACAAGUGGGCGUGGCCAUUUAUGCAGCCUGUUGAUGUUGAAGGGCUGGGCUUGGAUGACUACUACGAGGUCAUUGACAGGCCCAUGGAUUUUAGUACAAUAAAGAAUCAAAUGGAGGCCAAGGAUGGUACGGGUUACAAGCAUGUUCGUGAGAUAUGUGCAGAUGUGAGGUUGGUGUUCACAAAUGCGAUGAAGUACAAUGAUGAAAAGAGUGAUGUUCAUGGGAUGGCCAAAACAUUGUUGGCAAAGUUUGAGGAGAAGUGGCUACAAUUGUUACCAAAAGUCAUUGAGGAGGAAACGAGACGUGAAGAGGAGGAAGCAGAGGCACAGUUGAAUAUGCAGCUUGCUAAGCAGGCAGCUCAUGCCAAAACAGCUAGAGAUUUAAGCAAUGAGCUUAAUGAAGUCGAUUCACAGUUGGAAGAACUCAGGGACAUGGUAGUCAAAAAGUGCAGAAAAAUAUCGCUCGAGGAGAAAAGAAACAUUGGAAUAGGUCUCAGUAAGUUGCGUCCUGAAGAUCUCACUAAGGCACUGGAAAUGGUUGCCAAAACGAAUUCAAAAUUUGUGCUGAGAGAUGAGGACCUGGAACUUGAUAUAGAUGCCAUGAGUGAAUCCACUUUAUGGAGGCUAAAAUUUUUUGUCAAAGAUGCAUUGAGAGUGCAAGGCAGGGGUUCAAGCAAUUGUGAAGAGAAUAAAGCUGACAACCGAAAGCCCGCCACCAAGCUUAGCAACAACCCGGUUUCCAAAACGAAGAAAGAUACCUCUAAUGCUCUUGCCAAUACUGCCAAAAAACGGAAUAAGAUGCCUGCACCUUAGCCUGUGAAGUUAUAAGCAUGCAGUGAUGCACCACAGUGGCCAUUUAGAUGAAGUACCAAAAUGAAAUUCCUUGGAAAGGAAUGAAUGAGUAGUGAGUACUGAAGUCUGAAUUCGCCAGAUCAUGCUGAAGUUCGGAAGUUGAAGAUUACAAGGUUGACAAAGUCAUUUGUCAUCAAUUUAUACACCUGACCUGAAGAAUAAGAAAAGAAAUAUCUCCUGUUCUGACAUGCUUCCUUCUGUAAAGAAAGACAGUCAAUCGAACGGCAUGAGAUACUGUGAAAAAUUUUAUAUGCAUUGUCCCAUUUUCUUGCGUUGGGUGCUUUUGCAUGCUUGUGAAUGUCUUCCUGAUGUUCAGCCUUAGGACCUUAUGUACAACCUGCUUGCCA